GUCCCCUUUCUCCGGCUAGUGGCGCUGUGCAUAAAACAAAACCCCUCACAACUCACUCUCCGGACAUUCUAGGGUUCCGAAACCCAGCAAUAGGUCUUCAUCGUCAUGGCGGCAGCCGUCGUAGCCAGGUCCUUCCUCCGUUCCGCCUCCACCUCCGUCAGAGCAUCAGCUCCUAGAAUCUCCGGCUGUACACGCUCCUUCCGCUCUCGAAAACCCCUUUCUCAUCGCAUUUUCAGGUCACCCGUAGAGAUGAGUUGUGUUACUGUGGAAUCAUUCUUUCCCUUCCACACAGCCACUGCUUCUGCAUUGCUCACUUCAAUGCUUUCAACUGCUCCCUGUAGAUAUGGUUGGCUCAUUGAUGAUUCUUAGCUCUGGGAUUUUCUGAGAUUUACGUAGGGUAAUUUUCUGCUUUAUUUUUUAUUUCUUAAUCUGGUUAUGAUACUUGAUAGUCUUCUUUCAAGAUUUUGUAUUACUUCAUGUGAUGUGAGGAGACCAUGCCCUUGUGCUAUCGGGUCUUUAAAUUACCUGGUCCGUGAUUGAAAAAAUAUAUGAAUAAAACCCGCUCUUGUCACA